GCUGGUGGGGAGGACCUUCCGCUGAAUUACAAGAAGGUGCCCAUGAUCGAUCUGCCCCUCGGAGCCACAGAGGACCGCGUCUGUGGCACGAUUGACAUCGAGAAGGCCCUCACUCAGGGCAAGAAGGCCUUUGAGCCGGGCCUGCUCGCGAAAGCCAACCGCGGCAUCCUCUACGUGGAUGAGGUGAACCUGCUGGACGAUCACCUCGUUGAUGUGCUGCUGGACAGUGCGGCUGGCGGCUGGAAUACAGUGGAGCGCGAGGGCAUCAGUAUCCGCCACCCCGCCAAGUUCAUCCUCGUUGGCAGUGGAAACCCUGAGGAGGGUGAGCUCCGACCACAGCUGCUCGACCGCUUCGGCAUGCACGCACUGAUCCGGACGGAGCGGGAUCCCGAGCUCCGUGUGAAGAUUGUG